CAGUAGUUAGCCGUGGUCCAGAUCAACAAGCCACUAUUUUGGCAGCAGUUUGAUAAACACUCACUGCUCCUUAGCUGAUGUCAGUCGCUAUCUGCAUUUCCAGCGAGACGUAUCACGCGUGAUCAGCGACAAACCAGCACAAAAUUAGCCACAUAGCCCCGAAUCGAUAAGGUUGUAGGACAUCGUCGGUUGAACUUUAAGAUAGCUAGCUUGUUUUUCUUUCUGUUUCACAUCAGGCAAGUGUGUGACCACUGAACAAGCCAACAACGCUCUUGUCUUUCGAUUGGCUCAAUUUUUACACUAUUCAACCGAGCUAGGAAGAACUUUUCUUUUUUAUUAUUCAGGCAACUUGUCUCCAGCGCUAACAUUAGCCAACUUAUUUUUUACCCGAACAGAACAUACACUUAAUACUCGACUCAUUUUUAUAUGUCAAUCAAGCCAUCGUUUUGUUUUAUCAACAAGACGCCUUUUUUUCGAAGAACUACCUAUAGCUAAAGCUAACAAUAUUUUGCUAACAAUUUUAAAAAGAGGGGGCGCCAGCCUUGACUAGCCGGCUAACAACAAACCCUGACCUGAACCAUUUAAACAAUCAUUAAAGACGAACACUGUUUGGCUUUUAAAAGUGAUUGGUGCUGAAUUCAUGACCUUUAACUUUUAAAUAGCCCGUUUGACACGCUGCAGGAGUAACUCUUUAACGUUACCUCUCGCCUUUUAAAAUAAUCAGUGACAGAGCAGUGAGCCACCUGAGUGCUGAGAAGGAGAGUCAGUGGUAGGACCUGAAGCAGGUUGUGUACAGCCACGGAAUCCCUCAUCGGAUUGUUAUAUUAUCAGUGAUAUUGUUGAAAAUGGCGGCGAUCGGAAUGGUGCAGAUGUUGAUCGAAGCAGCCGAGUACCUUGAUCGCAGAGAACGAGAAGCAGAACACGGCUAUGCCUCCAUGCCACCCUUCAUCAGCAGUCGAGAGAGGGAAAGCUUGAAAAGGAAAAGCAAAAGCAAGAAAAACACAAGUAGCAGGUCUACGCACAAUGAAAUGGAAAAAAACAGACGGGCACAUCUACGACUGUGUUUAGAGCGUUUGAAAUCCCUUGUUCCCCUGGGACCAGAUGCUAACAGGCACACCACGCUCAGCCUGCUGAUGAAGGCCAAAGAUCACAUCAAGAGGUUGGAGGAGAGCGAUAGGAGAGCUCAGCACACCUUGGAGCAGCUACAGCGGGAGCAGAGACACCUGAGGAGGCGUCUGGAGCAGCUGGGGGUGGAGAGGACCCGCAUGGACAGUACGGGCUCCACUGUGUCCUCCGAAAAGUCCGACUCCGAUCAGGAGGACCUGGACGUGGAUGUGGAGGGGACGGACUACCUGCUGGGUGACCUAGAGUGGAGCACCAGCAGUGUGAGCGACUCAGGGGACGAGCGAGGCAGCCUGCGCAGCAGCUGUAGCGAUGAGGGCUACUCCAGCGCCAGCCUGCAGCGUCUGCAGGACACUCAGGAGAGGGCCAAGCAGCUGGGCUGCAGCCUAUAAACAGCACUGACCCAACACCCACCUUCUCCCCUCAGCCAAUCCCAUCCCAAGAUUGUCUCACCACUCCCUGGUCCCGCUCAGGCCCCCCCCCUUCCUUCCCUCCCUGUCUCCCUCUCCACCAGGACUGACCAAGUCUGAGGCCUCUGCUCUAGCUGGGCCUCUGCAGACUUCCUGUCCCCAUGGUGAUUUACAUUUACCUCUGCAACACCUCUGAGACACCCGCCCACAUCUAGUCCAUCAUCAGUGGUCAGUCUUUAGGGUGUCACUCGCUCCGCUCUGCACCAAUCAAACGAGUGGGAUUUUAAAGACACUCCAUCCCCUCCAUCCCCCCGUCCGUCCGUCAGAACCACAACUUUCAGCCAGAGAAUGUUACCACACAAUAUCCCACUGCCUCUUUUUCUAUGCCUCAAGAGCCAUGGGAAGCACUUAUGAGAUUUUACCCUUCACACACACAUACACAUACAUUAACACAAACAUACACACACCCCUCCAUCGCUCCUAGUUGUCCAGUGAGACAAAGUCCUCCCAAAGGUGUGACACUGACAUGAUGCAGGGCUUUUUUUCUGCCCUGCUCACCAGUCAACCAUCUGUGCAUGGUAAUUUGCACUUAAAAUUGCUUUUGUAAACAAAACUGUGUCAUCUUUUUCAAACACUGUCUCUUAAAAACUAAAACGCCCCCCCCGCUGCAGCUGUUGCAGUAAUGUUACCAGAAGUGAGUGUUUGAAACAUGUCAGUGGUCUGCCUGUGCUGUGUGGGGCAGCAGACUUUGUGGACACUAAACUAACCUGUCGGGGCCAACAGCAAUACGUCCCUUAGUACCCAGGCUUUGGCGGGCAAUCUCGUAACUACCCUGUAAUUUUAUGUCACGCCUGCAGUUCUGAAGAGAAAGUUACACAAAAACAAACAAACAAAAAAAAAAAUUUGUGCAGCAUGAGAUUGUGAAGGGGCCGGGGUGUACGGGAGGGUUUUCGUGGGUGGGUUUGAUGUUUUCUGCCUCUCUCUGAUGACGGUGGCGUUUUUACAGCAUCCUUUUAUCAUAUGUGUGUGUGUCAUGUUUGAGCCUGGCGACGACAGGGGUCACUAGUAGGUUUGGAAACUCUAAACACCAGCCACCAGGCCGAAUGCUGGUAUAUUUUUGGCAGGUGCUGGUACAUUUUUUUGUACACUACUUCUUCACUGCCCCGUUCACCAGGCAUUAAAAGGAAAGGAAAGAUCCUAUCUACUGAGAGCAGUCGAGAGACUGGAGCACAUUCCACUACGUAGAGAGGACAGGCAGGUGAGGCUGAUAGCAUUAUUUUUUGCGAAUGGAUGUUCCUGCCAAUUACUGAGGAAGGGAGAGUUCAGCUUGAGACGAGUCACGCUGAACGACUCUCUUUGACUCUUCAGUGGGAGCACGCUGAGGGAGCUCGCCUCUUCCUGUGUGUUCACAUCUGAAGAGCACAAAAGUGUUGAAACCACAGAUUUUCUCUCCUUCGCCUUGCCUUGAUAGCUAUUUAUUGUUUCUGCAAAAAUGUACACCUUUUAAUGUAAAUAGUUUACAGAAAGAUUUCUAUGUCUAUCAACAAAUGUAUUUAUUAGAUAUACUAAAUAUAUAGAUGAAUAUAUAUAUAUAUAAAUAUAUUUAAUUAGUCAUAGCCUAUGUUCUUCUUGUGAGGUUUAUUGAGAGUUUCCUAUGUGUAGUUUGUUUGCACAGCCUAGUCAAUCUAUAGAAUAGAGAAUAGAAAUGUCUCUUGUGCCUCGAGGCUUUUGUGUCUGUUCAGAAAUCGGCACGGUGCUCCUAGGAAAUGAUGUUUUCUUUGUGGUUCUAAUUUUUAGCUGUUUGCAAAGCCAUCUUGCCCUUUAACGGAGGGAUAAUAAAAAAAAUCAGUUUUUUGAAAAAUGUCAAUUAAAAAAAAAAAAAAAGUGUAUAAGUGAGAGGAGCUGGUGGCUCGGGUGAGCGCAGUGAUGAUGGCUCCUCUGGCAAAGCUGUGUGUUUGACCAUCUCCGUGCCUGAGAACCUCAAACAAAAUGGCUGUUAGUGCUUUGUUUGGUUCAGAAUCAUCCCUGGCAGGGAGAGGAUUGCAGCUUUUCCUUCGUACAUGUCCUCAACCCUGCAGCACAGCGCCAAAGGAAUCUCCCCUGCUCCUGCUGCAUCUGCCACUUGUAAAUCUCAGUUAAAGCAUGAAGAUGGUACAACAAAAAAAAGAAGAAAACUGAAAAUUAGAAAAAUACAUAUGCGAUUGUUUAGUCUUUUCAGUGUGGAAUGCUGCUUUUCUUUUUCUUUUUUUUGGUCAAAAUUGAAACCUUUUCAAACGGAGAGGAACUGUGUAGCCACGCUGUAAGGGGUCUAAAGGGGAAAUGUAUUGCAAAGUAGGUGUGAGUGUGCAGAUGUUUUCACAGAAGGUGAAGGUGUGUGCAUGGGUAUACGGUAUGUGCAACUGUGCGUGAGUGUUUAUUUAUUUCGUCACUGUCUUCAGAGAGAAUUUUUUUUCUGGGGUGGUAGAGGGUGGGUGGUUUAAAAAGAAUUUGUAAGGCUCUCUUUCUGUUCUGGUUUUCUGUUCAUUUGUUUCCUAGUAAAAUGCAAAAAAAAGUCCACUUGACAAAGACUCCAUGUAUUAACCUAAGCAUUAAUGUCUGUCUGUGGUCGUCUCAUGGUUCCUCCUUUUUUCCAUCCAUGGCCUGUUGUCUGUCUUCCGCCAAUCUGUGUGUGUGUGUGUGUGUGUUUGCACAUGCGCCCAAGAGUGAGUGUGACUCCCUCCUCCACAUGCUGCGUUGGCCUCCAUGGUGCCGAGGUGGGAGAGUGUGUGUGUGUGUGUGUGUGUGUGUGUGUGUGUGUAUGUAUGUGUGUGUUCGCACAACUAUUGCUCCUCAUCACCCCCACCUCCCCUCUACGAAAACCCUGGUGCUCUAAGCAUCUGCUUAAGAAGCAGGUGUGGAAUCUCUCAAAGAACAAGACUACAGUCAGACCAGUUGUUUAAGCUACAGGUUUCAGCAUCAGGGGAAACUCAUGUUCAUGUGUAUAUUUGGUUUUUGCACAUUUUGUCCCUGCAUACAAAGUGGCUGAUAAUGCCUUAAAACAGACACAAAUGUACGACCUGACAGAAGUAUAUGAUAUGUAUGAGUGUAUAUGAUAUAUCGAAAUGUAUCACGAAGGUCAUUCCUUUUCAUUGUGACAGUCUCAGGCGUGGUGCUUUCAUGCAUUACACAGUACACACGAACACACAGACAACACCGCGUCAUCGCUCCAUGAACAUCGUCGUCGCCUGCCACCUUUCUCUUCAGAAAGGUCAAGUGUCUGUUUGUUGAACAAUUACUUAAAGGUGGAUGUUUUGUGCACUUACUUUUUAAGAAUUGUGGAAUUUGGACACUGUCUUCUAAGGAAAUCACUUCAAAUGUGGAAAAAAAAAACCCUUUGGAAAUGAAUUGUGGAGCAGCAAUUUAUAUUUGCCAGUGAUAUUAAAGGAAUAAAACAUUUGAAACCCUUAUUUACCUA